AUGGGCGCCACAUCCAAUUCAAAUCACCAACGUCUACUUUCGUAUCAAAAGAUGCCAACUCGCUCACGUAGCACCAACAUUGCCAGCCGGUACCAGGAGUCUUGGAAGCAAUUCAAACAGAAACAACAGGAGAAUCAUUCUCAUCAUCACCACGCGCAAGACGACGAAUCUGAGGAGUUGAACCAAGUAAGGACAACCGAACACAAGAAGAAGAAGGAGUUGAACCAAGUGACAAAUCGUCCAUCCAUUCCACCCAAUCCAUCCAACUCCCGCAGCCUUAAUAAAAAUAAUAACAAGAGAGUCUCGUUUCAAGGUUUGAAUUCAAAACCAUCGCAAGCACAAACACAUGCAAAAACGAAACAACAACAAGACUCACAAACGAAGCAUCCAAAGCAGCAGCGGAUGAAGUCAAAGUCAAAGUCACCCUCAUUCCGCAAGCCAGUUGUAGCUUCAAAGUCAUCAACAGCGCCACGAAUAACAACAGCAGCAGCGAGAAUACCAAUCGCCAAACCAACAAAAGCGAAAGAAAGAAUGAACAAAAUGACAGAACGACAGACCAGCACACUCACAACACAAAGCAGUUCGAGCACCUUUGCUAGUGCCAAUAGUAAUAGCGCCAGCAACACGAACAAUGUCUCGGUGGUGGUGCGUUUGAGGCCCAUUGUCCCUCACGAAACCAAACGAGGCGCUCACAAGGUCGUUCACAAGGUUCGUACGAUUGAUUCCGUCUUGAAUGGUGCCAAAGAAAAUGAUGAAGAAGUGGUGCGGGUGGAACUGGCGCCCACUCUCGCCAAAGCCUCCAACAAUCGCGAACUCGUCAAGUGCUUUGCGCUAGACGGUGUCUUGGAAGAACAGGACUCGCAAGAAGAUGUCUACAAACGAUCGGGUGCCUACAAGGCCAUCUCUCAAGACUUGUUUCGAGGUUUUCAUUGUACCAUCUUGGCCUAUGGACAAUCCGGAAGUGGAAAGACCUAUACGAUGGGAACCAUGGCGUCCAAGCCCCAGUCAAAUACUGCCAGCAAUAGUACUUUUGCAGUUACGGGAAGUGAUGUAUUGGAUCCAGAAGCCGGUGUCAUUCAACGAGCCUGUCACGAUCUCUUUCAACAAGUGGAAGAACAGUGCAUGGGCGAUGCCACGGUCGAACUGAGUUAUCUUGAAAUUUAUAAUGAAGAACUCCGGGAUUUGUUGAGCACGAAGACCUCCAAGUUGUCUCAUAGUUCCGCCCUCCAACAACAAAAGGAACGAGAACGAUUGGCCCAACAAGAAGGUCUCCCAUUGUCUCCAAACAGCUCUGGUAGUCAAGGUGGCCUCCAAAUUCGAGAAGACACGGACGGCCAAGUCUUUGUCCAAGGCAAGACUUCGGUCGCUGUCACCAAUGCCGAACAAGUCAUUGAACUCAUGAGACUCGCCAAUGCCAAGCGGGUUGUGGCAUCCACCAAACUCAAUGAAGUUUCCUCGCGAUCUCAUGCCAUUUGCAUUUUGACCGUCACGGGAACCAACAGUUACGAUGUCACCUUCCAGUCUCGACUCACAUUGGUAGAUUUGGCCGGAAGCGAACGCCUUUCCAAGACGGAAAAUACCGGAUGGAGGGCCAAGGAAGGAAUUAACAUCAACAUGGGAUUGUACGUUCUCGGAUUGGUCAUUUCCGCGCUCACGGAAACCCGUUCCGCCCACAAACGGCAUCCUCCCUACCGGGAAUCCAAGUUGACUCGGAUUUUGCAAAAUUCCCUCGGUGGCAAUGCUCGGACCAUCAUGAUUGCCUGCUGUUCUCCCACGGAUUAUCAUUGCGAAGAAACGGUCAAUACCUUGCGUUAUGCCACACAAGCACGCAACAUUGAGAAUCCUGUCAUGGCCAACAUUGUGCAUGACGAACAUGCCGAACAGGUCCUGCAGCUACAGUCGGAAAAAGAUCAAUUGGCCAAGACCAAUUCGACCUUGCAAGAACAGAUCGCCGAAUACGAAAUGCUCAUUCGCCAAAUCUCCUCCGAAUUGUCUCAUGUCAAACAACAUUACCAAACUACCACCCUCGAAUUGACGGAAGUCAAGCAAGACUAUCAAACCACGGCAGAACAAUUGAUGGAGAUUCAAGAAGAUUUCAAAAUGACAGUUGAUCAACUCAAAAAGGAAAAGAUUGAAGAAGUUCUCAAGAAGCAAACCCGUCGGCAAAAACGUCUAUCGUCUUCUUCGUUUGGACAGCAGCAACAACAGCAGCAGCAGCAGCAGCAAUCUUACUGGAAUGAUGAAGACGAGGAACUACGCUUGAUGUCGGGGAACAAUAGUUUUGUGGAUACCCCGACCAGGUCCAUUCAAUCGGCAUUUGCGGAGAAUUCCAUUGGGACGGAACCAACGGCGGACAUGACUAUUGGUACUACGCCGGCAGUGACUCCAGAAGUCAAUCGAUUGGUCCCACCAUCCCCACCAGUCUUGCAAGAAGAUGACAAUGUUGAUGAAGCAAAUGCUGAUGUGGCUGUUGAUGAAGCAAACGAGGAUGCUGCUCUAGAGAAACCAGAAGAACCACUUCAACAAGAAGAACAGAUUGGAGAAACCUCGAUUCCAGAACAGCAAGAACAAGAACCAAGCAACGAACCACCAGAAGAACCAGAAGAUGGUUCGGCAGCAGGAGACGACGAGUCCGUACCACUUUCGCAAGUGGCCCCAGAAUGUGAUCAUUCUCAAGCCAUUAGUCUUUUGACGGAACAUCAAGAAUGGAAUGCUACUCCCGAGCAGAAUCCAUUGUUGGGAGACUUGACAAUGGUGAAGCAAGAAGGUUCGGAAGAUAUGGAUGCCGUUUCGCUCUCCAAGGCUUUGGAACAAGCUGCCGAAUCACAAGAUUUGGACGAUGAAACCAAAGAGCUUCAGUUGGAACUCGAAGCCAAGGAAGAGAGCUCACUUACCACCGAGGUGCAUGAGCCACUCUCCACCAGCUACGUCCCAGAAGACGAAAAGAAGGAAUUGGAAGAGAACAAUGCCUGCGAUUCUAGCUAUCAAAAGUGCAAGACCAAUACCCUUUAUUGCAAUGAUAAUAUGGUGGACAAGGAAUCCGAAGUCAUGGUCGAAGCCGUUCCAGUUGGCAUGGAUGACUUUACCGGUGUCCGUUUGUCUUCCACCAUGUCCUCUUCCAACAACAGGAGUGCCACCCCACAAUCCAAGAGCAAGAUGGAUCAAAAUUCCGUGCAAUCUGGAACAGUCACCCAAGGAUCUCAAGCGACUACCGCCAGUGGCAAACGCCGAAGUACCUUGAAGAAUUUCUUUGCCAAGUGGAAUUGCAUGUCUGGUGUCUAUGGAACAGUCCAUGAACAGACACCAACAACAACGAUUACGAAGCAAACCCAGAAACCAUCUGUCAAGCGAUUGUAA